UUAUUUUUUUUUUUUAAUAUAAUUCAACUUUUCUCUUUAAAAUUAUUUUAAUCAUCCAUUACAUUGUGAAAAAAAAAUGGCCACAGACUCUGGUUACGUCGGUAGCAGUACCGGUUUUAAAAAUCGAAACUCUUAUAUUCAAUGGACUCCACAACAUUCAUUAUCGUUGAAUGAUUCUUUUAUUUCCAAAUCAAUGUCGAAACAUCUUCACUCUACAACACGUAGGAUUUUCAUAGGUCCGACUCCCACAAAUUGGUCGUACAAAAAAAGUUCUUUUUGGUUUUCUAAAAGUGAACAAGCUACUCACCAUAAAGGUCCUAAUAGACAAAGAACGUUUAGAGCCGAACCUGAAGUUAAAGGUCCUACAAAUAUGUCUUCGUUGGAUUUCUAUGAAAUUCCCGAUAAUCAAAAUUCUGAAGCUUUACCUCAAAUUACGGAUGCGCCUUUCUUAGUUUCCGAACCUGAAGAAAUUCUGGCUGAUCAUGAUAAUGGGUGUAAUGGUUCUUUGUUCAGUAAUGAAAUAUUUUAUACACCAAAUGAAGAGUUACGUUCAUAUCCUAAUACACCUUCACAUCGUCACUUUAUGAAAGAUUCUGAAUUUUUUGGUACAAAUUAUAUGUUAGAUGUUUUUAAGCAACAAUCUCAUGAUACUCCAAGGUCAAAUGAAAAUGUUAACGAAGAAACAGAUCCAAAUCAUGUUCAUGAUAGUAAUAUUGAAAUCAAUGAUGUUCGUGAAAAUGAUGUAGAGAAUGCUAAAUCCCUUAACGAUGAUAAUGCAAUUUCUAGUAAUAUGGGUAAUUUAGAAGCUAAAUCUAUAUCACAUCCUAUAUGUGAACCUGAAAUGAUUAUUAAAGAAGAUCGCAUGUUAAUUAGAGUAGAGCGCUUGAAUAAUCAUGAAACAAUACGGCGGUACGGUGGUCCUUUUUUAAGGAGACAUCCUCCUAGAAAAUAUUUAACUCAUUCAUCAGGUUGGAGAGAAUACAUUGUUAAACUACGUUCAGGAAUAAUAGAACUAUACGAAGAUGAUAAAACUCGAGUUGAUAAAAUGAGGUUCAACAAACCAAUACGGUUGACGCUUUUUUCAGCAGUUGAUUGUACCAUUGCACUUAAGCAAAAAUCUAAAUCUAAAACAAAACUUUUUUUAAUAAACCCAAAGACUGUAGAACAAAGUAUUGAAUGGUAUCGUUCAUUAUAUGUUACACUCGGCGAGCCAUCAGUCAAACCAAUGCCUUCAUCGUGUGAAGUAUAUAUACCAGAUCUGGAUGUUCACGUAAAAAUUCCAUUAGAGAAUUUUCAAGCUUAUCAAAUCACGGCAGAGGAAGUUACUAAAUUAGUUUUAGAUGAAUUGAGCGGCGAACCGGAAUGGGAAGAUAUAUUAAAUGAAUGGCUAAAAUCUUGUGAUUUGAGAUUAUGUUGGAAGAGAUAUGAUCAAUUAGAGUGGAUUGUUUGGGAGAAAAACGAGGAAGGGAAGGUUAGAAAUGAUUUAUUGGCUUGUCCACAAUUUAUUGAAGGGACUCAUCAGCUUCAAUUACGUCCAACUGAACAUUAUCCGACUUUUGUUUAUUUACGUGAUGGAACGAAAUUAUUUGAACCUCCACCAGUAGAAGGAUACCUUAUUCGAGUUACAAAUAAUAAGGGAAAAUGGAAACCAAAAAGAUUAUAUUUUACUUCUCAUGAUAAUUAUCUUUUUUUUCUAAAACCAUUCGCAACAAGUCCUCCACCACAACCAACUUCUUCAAUUUCAAAUGAUGAAGGAAGUCAAAUUGUUCAACCAUUGAUAUAUGCUGUCGCACCACAAUCUCAAGAACAAUGUGCACAAACUGAUGCUUUCAUGAGAGCCGAUACAAAAAGACGUAUAAAGCAAAUCAUAAAUGCUAUUGCAUUUAUAAAUCUGGUUGAUGUGGCGGAGGUGAAGAGUGUUGAAGAAAUUUAUGGAGUUACGGAAAUGGAGAAUCACGGAUGUCCUUUCCAAUUAGUUUUAAAUAAUGGUAGAAGUGUUGUUUUACAGGCUUAUAAUAGACAAACCAUGCUUGAAUGGAUUAAACGAUUGAAAGAACUCAUAAAAUAUUGGAAAGCCCGAAAAGUAUCAGAUGUCCAAUUACGAAUUAAUAUGGCCAAAGUGAAUGAGAAUAAUGAUUAUGAAGAUGAUGAUAGUCACAGUCUAAAUGAAUUACAUAGUCAUUGGAAUAAUUUUCAAACUUAUGUAAAUCCAACAAUAUGGCAUUGGUGUAUUCUAAAUGGAUGUCGUGGAAUUACUAAAGGAGGUUUAUUAUAUCGAAAAUCACAUCUUCAUGGCACAUUCCGAAAUUAUCAUUAUAUUCUCACAAGAGGACGUUUAAUAUGCUAUAAUUUAUAUACGCGUAAUUUAAUAAAUGGUGUAUCAAAACAACGAUGCUAUCAUAAACGUUAUGAAAAUAUUAAUUUAGCGGAUUGUUACGUAUAUUCUGGAAAGGUAACAGAAAAUGAUUUACUUUAUUCGAGUACAUCAAAAUUUAAUGCCAGAAGUAACGGAAUACAUAGACUACCGAGAAUAUAUCCCGAUGGUAUGCAUUGUUUUGAUAAUGAUGAAGAUUGCACUUUUGUUAUAUGGCAAGGAGAACAAUCACUUUAUAUUGGGAAGGAUAAAAAAGAAAAGGGAAAUGUUAUUUGUUUUAAAAAGAAGACAAGGUUAAAUAAUCCUGGAAAAAUUCGGGUUUUUAGAACUAGAAGUAAAAUUGAGAGAGAGGAAUGGGUUUGGGCUAUUAAUGUGGAAAUUGAAAGGGCUUGUAAAGAAAGGGAAAUGAAAUGAUAAAUUUAUUAAAUUUUUUUUUGGACAUUAGUAACUUUUUAAAAUUAUGGGAAAAAAAAUGUAUUCGACUUUGUAUUACGGUAAAGAAUCGUUAUUACGUAAUUAAGCAAAAUUAUUUGUAAUAAAGUAAUAUUUUUUUAAGCUAUACGGGAAACAUAUAUGAAUUAUGUGAAGUU